UCCAUGUGUAAAGCCAAUUUCCAUGCUAUGCUUUCCGCCUGUUCCGCUUAAAAACACACGAGAAGCUUAUAAAAGCAGCCUAUUGGCGUCGAUGCAUUCACUCACUGGUUCCAUCGAAACCAACUGCUUAAAAGCGAUUUUUCAGCAGACGGUGAACUGCAAAAAGAAGCACAUAUCGGAUUCGAACUGCUUACAACAAGCUAAGCAAAUCCCACGCAAAACACACACUCACAAAGAGGGAGGGAGAUCAGUCAAGUCAAUCUCCAUGCCUGACUCAGAGCUAAUUCUCUGUUCUCUUCCCUCCAUCUUAGCUCUAAUUCUGAUCUUUAUCCUCAACAAAAGAAAGCGAAGCAGACUCAAUCUCCCACCAGGAAACAUGGGCUGGCCUUUUCUUGGAGAAACUAUCGGCUAUCUUAAGCCUUACUCUGCUACUUCAAUUGGAGAAUUCAUGGAGAAACACAUAUCAAGAUAUGGCAAAAUUUACAAGUCUAAUUUGUUUGGAGAGCCAACAAUCGUCUCGGCAGAUGCUGGGCUUAAUAGAUUCAUUCUACAGAAUGAAGGAAGAUUAUUUGAAUGCAGCUAUCCUAGAAGCAUAGGUGGAAUUCUUGGAAAAUGGUCUAUGUUGGUAUUAGUUGGAGACAUGCACAGAGACAUGAGGAGUAUUUCGCUCAACUUUUUAAGCCAUGCCAGGCUUAGGACUCAUCUUUUGAGAGAGGUGGAGAAGCAUACCUUGCUUGUACUAAGCAACUGGAAGGAGAAUUAUAUAUUUUCAGCUCAAGAUGAAGCCAAAAAGUUUACCUUCAAUCUGAUGGCAAAGCAUAUCAUGAGCAUGGAUCCCGGGAUGCCCGAGACCGAGCAGCUGAAGAAAGAAUAUAUUACUUUCAUGAAGGGAGUGGUGUCGGCUCCUCUGAAUUUUCCUGGAACUGCAUAUAGAAAGGCCUUGCAGUCUCGAGCGACCAUCCUCAAGUUUAUUGAGCGAAACAUGGAAGAUAGAAUGCGGAAAACAAAGGAGGAAACCGAAGAUAUGGAGGAAGAUGAUCUUCUUGGAUGGGUCUUGCAGCAUUCCAAUCUUUCAACCGAGCAAAUUCUUGACUUGAUCUUAAGCUUGCUCUUCGCUGGCCAUGAAACUUCAUCAGUAGCCAUAGCUUUAGCUAUAUACUUCCUGCCAGGUUGUCCCAGUGCUAUUCAACAGCUCAGAGAAGAACACCUUCAAAUUGCCAGAGCCAAGAAGGAAGCAGGAGAAAUGGAAUUGAGUUGGAAUGACUACAAGAAAAUGGAAUUCACCCAAUGUGUUAUUAGUGAGACCCUCCGGCUUGGUAACGUGGUAAGGUUUCUCCACAGGAAGGCAAUAAAAGAUGUUCGGUAUAGAGGUUAUGACAUUCCAUGUGGAUGGAAAGUGCUUCCGGUGAUUGCAGCCGUGCAUUUGGAUCCUUUGCUUUUUGACCAGCCUCAACAGUUCAAUCCCUGGAGAUGGCAGAACAAAGGAAUGGUUGGAUCUUCAUCUAGUAGCCCGAGCAUGACAGCAAGCAGUAACAACUUCUUGCCAUUUGGUGGAGGACCAAGACUCUGCGCCGGCUCAGAGUUCGCCAAGCUUGAAAUGGCUGUCUUCAUCCACCAUCUAGUCCUCAACUUCGACUGGGAGUUAGCCGAUACGGAUCAAGCUUAUGCCUUCCCCUUUGUCGAUUUCCCUAAAGGCCUACCAAUCAGGGUGCAGCAUCACAGUUUCAUAUAGUUUUUCCAAGACAACAAACAGCUCAUAGACGCCCGAGAAACUUUAUGAAAAGAAUCCUCAGCAUCUCAUGCUGUACACAAAUUAAACAAAACAAAUUGCUCAUUUGUUGGUGAAGAUCGAAUUCUUGGAUUUUCCAACGGCUUAGUGUAAGAUCUCGUUUGGCUUUAUCGGAUAGAUCAUAGCUCACAUGAGCAAAGGGAAGACAAAGAAUUGAUGAAGUACAAAUUAAAGAUGCUAGGACCACGUACGUCCCCAAAUUGUAAAUUUUAUUUUCCUGUAUAGUCCUUGAUCUAUCAUUUUAGGACUUGGGAGGAAUUAUUAUUAUUAUAUAUAUAUGUAUGUAUAUUCAUUUAUAUACAUGAAGUGGUAUUUCCCCUUUCCAUAA